AUGGGUGAAUAUGGGCUUCUGUUCACUGGGAAUAAGAGGCAAAGAGUAACAUUGCCUGAUGCCUUAUUAUUUGUUCUGUCAGUUCUUUUCAGGAAGAUCUUCAUUUUGCAACUGGUAGGGUUGGUGCUAACCAGCAAUUUCACUGAUUGUGACUUUGAGAAGAUUAGAAUGGAUUACCUGAACAUCAUUUCUAAGGACCUGACGUGUUCCGACUGCGACGCCACCCUCAGCUGUGAAAAUCAGCCCUCUCCUCACCCGGGUCCCAUUGGCUGCGUCCCCCGCUUCCCCUUUCACUCAUUUCUUACCAACUCCAUUUCUUUGUUUUUUUAUACCCCUACCCCCCACCCCGUGGCAUGUUCUCCUUUUCUCGUGAACGUCGCCGCUUGCGAGCAGCCGGAUUGCCUCACUAAAAUCGAGCGCCUUACCUUGCAUCCUACCCCGCGCUGCAAGUCACUCCCCAAAGAAUUAGCCAGCAGAACCGAAGCUGCGCUCGAACGCUCUUGCCCGGGCUACUACCGAAAGCAGAAAAAUAAUGCCCAGGCAAUGAAGAAAAGAAAGAAAAGAGAAGACACAAUAAAUGAAUGCCAGAAAAUAGUCUCGAACUUAAUAGGAUUGUGGCGUCGUUUCCUGCGUCUUUAAUAGAAACAAAGUGAACCUUCAUUGAAGUCAUAUUUCACAGCAACAAAAAAAUCAUCCUUAUUAGGUAGAUGGAAUGUUAAUUCUGUGACAUUUAAAAGAUCACUACUAAUUAUUUUUUUAAUUACAGAAGGGUUUCUUAACUUAUUUUUGUAAGCUUUUAUUGUUUAAUAUUGGUUUAUAAUGUGGGGGAGAUACUACCCCUCAAAUGUCAGGGAGACUUCAGUAGCAUUGAUGUCUGAGCCACUGGCUUUGUGAUAGUAAUUCUCAGCUGGAACUACAUAGGCCUUACUCAAGAGAAGAAUCUAAAAGUAUAGUAGAAGGAGAACUUUUUCCCUUCAAAAAGAAAAAAAGUUGAACUCAAGAGCAAAUGAACCUCCGUUGAAAAGGCAGGCAUUUCUUUCAUACUAAAAAUUUACAAAAGAAGGAAAUAUGUUUGUUUUUUGUAGAAGCAAAACGGUACACACAAAAAGCUGUACAUAUAGUGGAGCAAUUUGAAAGAAUUUCAUAUUAAUAUCGUGAAAAUAGUUUAAGUUAAAAAUUAUGUAACUUAAAUAGUUUAAGUUAAAAAUUAUGUAACAGAUAAGAGUGGUAUAUGCAAGCAGAUCUUGAAGAAGUACAUUUAUUAAAGCUAAAAUAAUAUAUAUUUUUAAACUUAUGGAAUACAUUUUUAAUUUAUUGUAUAAGCACUUUUUAUUUUUUUAUUAAAUUUAUUGGGGUGACAUCAGUCAAAAUGAACAGUAAGCACUUUUCUAAAUGUACAUAUUGUUUUGUAUUGACAUGAUACAUUUCUUAAUAAAAUAAUUCUCAAAUUCA